AUGUCUGCAGCGAUUCAGCAGCCGAGCGCAAAUGCAGCUCCACAGGGUCACAUCCCCCACCCCGCGAGCGGUUUCAUUGGGGCCCCACCGAGCCACCCCGCGGGGUUCAUCGGGGCCCUUCCGCCGGCGGUCCAAAUGCCUCGGUCUCCCGACGUGGUGCUGCCCCUCGGGCCCUCUCUGCCGGCGGGCCACCACCGCGAACCUGAUUCAGAUGCGCCGCCUAAUCCCGAUGUUUUGCUGUCGCUACUCGCCCGCAACAAACAUCUUGAAGUUCAAGAUAAAUAA